AUGGCUACCCAAACGCCGAUGCGCGAGGUGCCUGGCGCAUUUCUCGCGACCCCAGCCAUAGCCGCGAGAAACGAUCGCGUCAGUAGGCAACUCUUUGACACCAGCCGACCAUCCGCAGGAUCAAGAACAUCUUCGUCAACUGCGCUCGGUGUCAGGAUGAGCUCCCCUCGGGCUGGAGCAAUUAGCUCCGUCACCUCUGGGCAAGGCACAGAUGCUGCAGCUCCGUUACCGCCGCUAUUGAAAGCGGCCAAGUCAGUCAAGGGCGUUUUGCAGCAGGAUGAGAGCUACCCAGACCUCGAUUCUGUUUGUCGACCUGGUGCCACCUCGGAUUAUGACCUGCAGUUUGCCGACUCUCCCCUUGCGCCUUUCCAGCGGGCUCAGAUGUACCCGAUCCCCGACCGAAUCUUUGAGACUCUUAAUAUGAGCAACCUGACGACGAAGCUGGGACUGUUUGCAGAGAUUGGUUAUGCGUACGCCUGCAUUGACAACGCGCUGUUGAUGUGGAACUUUAGCCAGCCCAACCCUGAAAUUAUUGGAUUUGAGGACCAGCCGCACAGCAUACAGACCGUAGCUCUCGUACCGCCGAAACCUGGAGUAUUCCUUAGUAGUAUAACGCACAUCCUGGUGGUUGCUACCUCGCAAGACCUGAUCUUGCUUGGAAUUGCUGCGUCUAGCAGCCCCAACGGCUUGAAGACGAUAGAGCUUUACUCGACCAAGAUGGCUCUCGGCACUCCAUCGAGCCAUGUCAGCCAUAUAGUUGGCACGUCUUCCGGGCGCAUUUUCUUCGGAAGCAGCGACGAAACGGACAUCUACGAGCUUUGCUAUCAACAAGAAGAGAAGUGGUUCUCGGGCCGUUGUAGCAGGAUCAACCACUCUCAGCCAGGCUGGUCCUCGGUCAUGCCAAGGCUGCCUGCGUCCCUCGAUAUCUGGUCACCGCAGAAGAAUGAGUUUCUGAUCGACAUGAAAGUCGACAACUCUAGGAAUCUUCUCUAUACUCUUUCCAACAAGUCAACCAUCAGAACCUACCACAUAGAAGCUCCCGAUCGCCUCACGUGUGUCAUCACCAAGGAGAAAAACCACUGCUUGCGAGACGUCACCCACUGGAAUCAUCCAUCACCGUUGCUGACCGAUGCCAUGGCUAUCGUAGCCAUUAGCCCGAUCCCGGCCAUGGAAGCAUCAAAACUGCACUUGAUGGCAUUGACCAGCACAGGCUGCCGUCUUUUCCUCAGCGCUACAAGCUCGGCCUCGUAUAUGAUCAACACCUCGUCCAGUUUGGCACCGCAGUCCAUGCAGGUUCAGUUCGUCAAGUUUCCGCCCAAGGACCUCAACCGGGACAGGCGCAACACUGGAUACGAUGCAUCAGGAGACUCCCUCACCGACCUGCAGUCUAGAAGUCUGGAAGUAAGUGAGCUCGGCUUCAGGUUCCCGCCAGGCUAUUUUAUCGACUUUGUCAGGAAGCCCGGCACUCCCGAUACGACGACAAUAUUCGCCUCGGCGCCGGAAACUGGCCGCAUCAAGGCCAUUGGCGCUGCAUCAGCGCUGAAGUUCUAUGAACACGCCAACUGGAUAGAUAUUGGGCCAAAAACCGUCGCUCUCGAUGUGGGCCUGAUCAACAAGCCGUUCGCAGCCGCCAAGCAGCCUCUGGGCUUCGGAAACGAGUUGGCUGUUCAGUUCGACGAAGACCCUUGCGAAUUCGCCAUACUUACCAACAGCGGCAUCUACCUUGUGCGUCGGAGGCGCUUUGUCGACAUUUUUGCCAACACAAUGAGGGUCACUUCUGGAGAGGAGAGCCUCGACAAGGACAUCCGCAAAUUUAUCCAGCUUUACGGUCGCGUUGAGACAGUAUCGGCCGCGCUGGCUGUUGCUUGUGGUCAGGGCACCGAUCUCAGGACAGGUACCAGUCGGGUGAUGGAUCAAGGGACAGCGGAUCGGGCAAAGUCGGUCUUUGUCAACUUUGGCGGGCAGCCUUUGCUUGCCGAGUCUGACGGGGCCAUCUCGCCAGAAUCUGUCAAAUUGUCAUCUCGCCAUGACGCCCUUGCGCUGUACCUGACACGUCUAAUUCGCAGCUUGUGGAAAGCCAAGGUCAUAACCGCAAGAGUCGAUGCCAGUGCAGUUGGCGGUGUUGUUGUGAGCUCCACCAUCUCGACGGCUAAGCUGACAAUAGUCCAAGAAAAUAUCGAGAGGCUGCGCAAUUUCUUGAACACAAAUAAGGGGAUCAUCCAGGGCCUCUCGGGUCCAGCCGAUCUACAAAGGGUCAGCAGUCGUCAGGAAGAGGUUGCACUUCAGGCCGAGCAUCAGGCGCUUCAUGCCCUCCAAAAGCUUAUGGAGAGCAUCUCCGAGGGCAUCUCCUUCGUUUUGAUGCUUUUCGACGAACGUGUCACCGACAUCUUUUUGCGCUUGGAGAGUAACACUCGGGACGAGCUGAAGGAGCUUACAUACGAAAGCCUCUUCUCCCAGCCAGCCGGAAAGGACUUGGCGAAGCUGCUUGUUAAAGCUAUUGUUAACCGCAAUAUUGAAAGUGGCUCAAACGUGGAGACAGUAGCAGAUGCGCUGCGCAGGCGGUGCGGUAGCUUCUGCAGCCCUGACGAUGUGAUCAUCUUCAAGGCGCAAGAGCAGCUGAAGCGGGCGUCUGAGCAGACUCUGAACCACAGCUCGCAGCGCACUCUGCUCAGUGAGAGCUUGAGGCUCUUUGAGCGUGUUGCCGGUAACCUCACGUAUGCCAACUUGCGGAGCGCUGCAGAACAGUAUACCGACUUGAAGUACUACGCGGGUGCUAUUAGGUUGUGCCUGGUUGUGGCAAAGGAGAAAGACCGCGGCAACGCAGCUCUCGCUUGGAUUAAUGAGAACAAGCCGUCCAACGACCCGAGGGAGAAGAUAUAUAAUGAGCGACAGCGCUGCUACGACCUUGUCCAUGCCGUGUUGGAGCGGCUGGAUGCAGAAUCCUCAAAAGAACCCGAGCUUGUCGAUGGGAAGCCUUCCCUUGCCGCCACCAAGCGCAUGGAAGCCUAUUCCGUCGUUAACGACUCGGACGACGAAGUGUUCCACUUUGGCCUUUAUGGCUGGUACGUCGAACAAAACUGGACCGAUCGCAUUCUUGCGAUCGACUCGCCCCACGUCAUAACGUUCCUCAAGCGCCUGGCAGGCUCGGACGUUCGUCACGCAGAGCUUCUCUGCAGGUUUUACACGCACAGGGGGCAGUUUUAUGAUGCGGCUCAGGUACAGGCUGAACUUGCCAAUUCCGAGUUCGACAUUGGCAUCAAGGACCGCAUCACUCUCCUCAGUCGCGCCAAGGGCAACGCAAGCGUAAUGGGUGCGGGAGGUAACAGGCAGCAGCAGCAGUUAUUGAGCCAUGAAAUAUCAGAGCUCCUCGAGAUUGCACACAUUCAGGAUGAUCUGCUGGAAAGGUUGAAGGCCGAUCCUCGCAUAGCAGACGAACGAAAGAUGGAGAUUGAGAAGGUCCUGGAUGGCCAAAUACAGGGCUUAACUGAGCUGUUCAACACAUAUGCGGAUCCGGCAUGCUAUUACGAUCUGUGUCUGCUUGUCUACCAUGCGGCGGACUACCACAACACGAGGCUCAUCGCUGACACUUGGAAAAACCUCAUCGACGCCACGCACAGGGAAAUCUUGGAACGUCACGAGGCUUAUAAUGAGUACGAGAACAGCGGGGGACGACUCCCAGCCGGUGUCACUGCACCACCGGCACCGCCACCUCUGCCGUACGAGGCCGUCUCGAUGCAGAUCCAGAACAUUGCGCAUCGCACCUCCCUGGACACCAUGAUCUUCCCUAUAGACACCCUGCUGCCAAUUGUGUGCGAGUACGCCGUUGCGGAGAGUCAGGACGAGAGCAUCGGAGCGGAUAACUCCUGGCCAGUACUGCUCUUCCUCCAGCUGCAGGUAUCGCAGUCAGUGAUUGCAAAGAUUCUAGAGCGCAUCUUUGACGCACAGGAAGCCCCCUUCACUGGGCGAAAGAAGAGGAUCGUUGCCGAGUGGAUCAACACGACCGUCGAGUCGUGGCUGCGCGAGGUCGAGAGGCAGGGCAGCGGGAAGCAGGAUGGUGCGCUCUCAUCAUGGGUCUUUGAGCUUCUGGGCCGGGUCGACGAGGAGAUGUUGCAGCUCGCCGGAAACGUCCGAGACAGCAGUGCCAAGCAGAGCGCCGAAAAGGUUGGGUUCCGGGCUCGGCAGCUCCGGAAUACAGUAGAUAGGGCGGUGAGGAGCACGAGCCUGACAGGCUCGAUGAGGUAUCUAUGA